ACCAGUCACGAACAAAAGGAUUCGUGAGGUGAAUGUUCGUGAUCUUCGAUUCUCCUUUUCCCUCUCUCCACCACGCUAGAACCGCAAGAUUUGCUAUUGCUGAAAUCCUCAUAAACAUCAGAGCAGAGAAGUAGAACAAGAAGGAGCCGAAAUGGAGAAUUCUGGGAAUCCUCAGGACAUGAUGGUGCCUCCUGUUGAAGGUGUUGCAGGAGGAGGGACGGCUUAUGGAUGGGGAGAUAGUGGCUUGAACAGUUCAUAUCCACUCCGGGGAACAAUUGAUCCUUCUAAAGUUCCAUCUGCUGAUUUAUUGCACGUUUGGUGCAUGCCAAACACUGCAAAUGUUGGACCACAAGACAUGCCACGACCUUUGGAGACUAUAUCUCUUCUGGCGGCUAGAAAUGAAAGGGAGAGCUUUCAGGUUGCAAUGCGCCCCAAGGUUUCUUGGAGCAGUACAGCUGCUGGUGUUGUACAAAUUCAGUGUACAGACUUGCUCUCCAGUUCUGGUGAUAGGUUGAGGGCUGGGAAAUCGAUUACUUUACGACGUGUGGUGCCAAUUUUAGGUGUUCCAGAUGCACUGGUACCACUUGAUGAGCCAGUCGCAUUGCUGAAUCUAUCUCCGGGAGAAACAACUGCGGUUUGGGUUUCUGUAGAUGUCACAAGUGCAACACCCCCAGGUCAAUAUGAAGGAGAACUGAUCAUUACUGCCACCAGGGCAGAUACAGAGUGGGCACAAUGUCAACGGAAGACGGACAUGCAUCAAGUAUAUACAGAAAUCAGAAAUUGUCUGGAGAUUGUGGAGCCCAUUGAUGGAAAACCAGUAGAUGAAGUGGUAGAAAGAGUGAAAUCUGCAACUACGUCUUUAAGAAGAGUUCUUAUGUCGCCAUCGUUUUCAGAUUUAUUUUCAGAUAAUGGACCGGUAGAUAUGAUGGAUGAGGAUGCCAUUUCGAACCUUUCUGUACGUGUAAAAGUAAGUUUGACAGUUUGGGACUUUGUUCUGCCUGAAACACCCUCAGUUCCUGCUGUUAUUGGUAUUUCCGACACUGUUAUUGAAGACCGCUAUGGUGUUGAGCAUGGAAGUACGGAAUGGUAUGAGAUUCUUGAUCAGCAUUUCAAAUGGCUGCUUCAGUUUCGUAUUAGCCCCUAUUUUUGCAGAUGGGGUGACAGUAUGCGUGUUUUAACUUAUACGUGCCCUUGGCCAGUUGAUCAUCCAAAAUCAGAUGAAUACUUUUCAGACACAAGAUUAGCAGCAUAUGCUGUACCAUAUUCUCAAAUUUUCCCUGGUGGUGACAAUACAUCAGACAAUUAUCUGCAAAAGGUAGUGGAGACCUUGAGAACAAAAUCUCAUUGGAAGAAGGCCUAUUUCUAUCUUUGGGAUGAGCCGUUGAAUCUUGAUCAGUUUGAUUCCAUCCGUAAAAUGUCCAACCAGAUUCGUACUUAUGCACUUGAUGCUCGCGUUCUCACUACUUAUUAUUGUGGUCCAAAUGAUGCACCUCUUGCUUCUAACAGUUUUGAAGCAUUUCUGAAAGUUCCUAAGUUUCUAAGACCUCAUACCCAAAUAUAUUGCACAAGCGAAUGGGUCCUUGGUAACCGAGAUGAUUUGGCUAAGGAUAUAAUUGCUGAAAUACAACCUGAAUGUGGGGAGGAAUGGUGGACAUAUGUGUGCUUGGGCCCAUCUGAUCCGCAGCCAAACUGGCACCUGGGGAUGCGUGGGACUCAACAUCGAGCUGUGAUGUGGCGUGUCUGGAAAGAAGGGGGAACAGGGUUCUUGUAUUGGGGUGCCAACUGUUAUGAGAAGGCUACAGUUCCAAGUGCUGAGAUCAGAUUCAGGCGUGGCUUACCUCCAGGUGAUGGGAUCUUAUUUUACCCUGGUGAGGUUUUUUCGUCGUCAAAUCAGCCUGUGGCUUCGGUUAGACUCGAAAGACUUUUGAGCGGCUUGCAGGACAUGGAGUACCUAAAGCUGUAUGCAACAAGAUUUGGUAGGGAAGAGAGUAUUAGUCUAUUAGAAAAGACAGGAACUUACAUGGGUCCUGAACAAUAUACUCUUGAACAUAUGCCUAUUGAUUUAAUGCGUGCUCAGAUUUUUAGGACAUGCCAAUUUCAGUAGAUAUAUAUAUAUAUAUAUAUAGAUAAAUACAUUAUUUUAAUCAAGGUUUAUAUCAUCAUCAUAAUAAUAAUUGACUAUUUAUAGAAGGACAGGUAAUUAAGAUUUACUUUCAAAUUCUUGCUUCUCUGAUUUGUCAAAAUGUAAUCUUGUUACUUCUUAUAUGCUAGAAAAUCCUUCAGCAGACAAACUUAUGUAACAAAAGGGUUUGUGUAAUUCAAUUCUGUUCAUUUUUUCAUCUUGA